CGAAGGCCUUUAGAAUUUUCAUGGAAGCAAUUUUUUUGUCGACGAUCUCGGACCGCCUGCUAUGACCGGUUCAGUAAAAGCGCGGCCAGUUGUGCUGUGUUAUGUGCUCUGGCUCGAGCCCAGUAGAGCAGAAACAAGAAGAAGCAGACGAGUCGUGCGCUCGAUGCCAGAUCCCGGAACAUCUUUACUGAUCGGCCCCUUGUGGAUGAUGGAUCAUGGGAGUGAUGGAGUUCCCGCACGCGUACACGUGGCUUGCUCUUGUGCCUGUCAAGAAAAAUCGUCGAUUGGGAGGAUAACCCACCUUAUGCCGUCUCUCGUCAUAAUCAUCGCAAGAUCGUAUGGAGCGCCAACAAGUUUCCGAGUUCCUGGUACUCCUUCCCAAUUCCAUGAGAACAGAUCCCCGGAUCAACAGGGGUGCAUUUAUGAGCCGCGCGAUGUCUGCUUUUUCCACGAUGCUGCUGUAAAUUUCUAUUAGACAUCGUUCC